AUGCAGGUGCUAAGGGAGUUCUAUUCGGCUUCUGGGCUACGGCUCAACCUAGCGAAGUCGUACUUGUUCCUUGACGGCAACAAUAUUGUGGUUACGAGGACCCUGGCGUUUAGGUUUGGCUUCACCCCUGGAGCUUUACCUGUGAGAUAUUUGGGGCUCCCACUUCUACCCCAUAAGAUGAGACCGGCCGACUAUCAGCCUCUCCUAGACAGAGUACGACAGAGGAUCUCAUCCUGGCUCGUUAAGCUUCUGUCUUUUGCUGGGCGUCUACAGCUGAUACAGUCUGUUAUAUCAGGAAUGGUGAACUUUUGGGCAGUGGUUUUUCCCCUCCCGAAGCAAUGCCUGCGAGAAGUUGAAAGGAUGUGUAGUGCCUUCUUGUGGUCAGGAGCUCCGGAUUCAGCUCGAGGGGCAAAGGUCUCUUGGGAUUCUAUAUGCACUCCAAAGGAGGAAGGGAGUGGCUCUCUUCGGGUGUCUUGGGUUCAGUCGGUUCUUUUGAGAGGGAAAGUUUUCUGGGACACUAGGUUGGACUCUCCAGGGAGUUGGCUGUGGAAGAGACUCCUUCGUCUCCAACCAUUAGCGAGGCCCUUCCUUGUUUGCAACGUCGGUUCUGGAUUGACAGCUAGGUUCUGGUUUGACGAUUGGACUGGUUUAGGCCCGUUACUUGAUCUUGCGGGUGCAAACGGUCCAAGAGUCAUAGGUAUAAAUCGUUUAGCCACGGUGGCCGAGGCUGUCAGGAACAGGAGUUGGAAUCUUCCCCGCGGAAGGCAUCCAAUUACGGUCCUGCUUCGAGCUGCUCUGCCUUUGAUCCCCUCUCUCACGUCUGAUGCGGAUUAUUAUGAGUGGCGUGAUCUCAAUGAAGAUUCAUCGGGACCUUUCUCCUCUUCAAAGACCUGGAGCGCUCUGCAUCCCUCAGGUCCGACUGUUACGUGGGCCGAUUCUGUGUGGUUUGCUCAGAGAAUUAAGAAACACGCUUUCAUACACUGGGUUAUUGCACGAGAUAGACUUCCCACAAGGGACCGGCUCAUCAGUUGGGGGCUAGAUGUCCCGCCGGUAUGCCUUCUUUGCAGCACCGUUCCAGAGUCUCGAUCCCAUCUUUUCUUCAACUGUCCGUUCGCUGCUCAGGUGUGGACAUCUUUCUUUGUUACUUCAAACAUCCUCCCUCCAAACGAUCUCGACUCUAUUCAACUGUGGGUUGGCUCAGCCUCUAGUAAUGCAAAGGUUACAAUUAUCUGCAAAUUAUUGGUUCAAGCAACUAUUUAUGACAUUUGGACAGAGAGGAACUCUUGUCUACACAGAGCUGUGAUCAAGCCCGCGGCUCAGGUAACUCGAGAGAUCCAAACUCUUAUGCGCAGGAAGCUGUAUGCAUUGGAUACUACUCUCCCCAUAAACACCUCCUCAAGAAACACAACUAACUCCUUUCUAUCCUACUGGUUUGGCGGAUUCCAGAUUUAA